CUUCAGCUUCACCCCGCCCCGCUGGGCUGUGGAGGAGCGGUGAAGUCGGAUCGGUCAGAGGCUCUUAAGGCUGUAGCGUACCGGAAAGCGCCGGAGUGCAGCCACCGGGGCGCUUUGUUGUUUUCCGGAUUCUGGGGUCUGGAGUUGGUGAAGUUUAAUUGGCAAAUCCUCAGAGAUUGGUAGACUGCUCAGGGAACUGAGUAGCCCAAGAGGAACAAUCCAAGAUACAUGAGAAGGUAUGUUAUGUACAAAAGUGGAUUAAUUUCAACGUUAAAUGAAAAUGGCCAAUUCUUUAAGAGGAGAAGUACUGAAUCUUUAUAAAAAUCUGCUGUACCUUGGACAGGACUAUCCAAAAGGAGCAGACUAUUUUAAAAGGCGUUUGAAGAAUGUUUUCCUUAAAAACAAAGAUGUGAAGGAUCCAGAGAAGAUCAAAGAACUUAUUGAACGAGGCGAAUUUGUCAUGAAAGAGUUAGAAGCCUUAUAUUUCCUUAGAAAAUACAGAGCUAUGAAACAACGCUAUUAUUCAGAUAUCAACAAAACUAAGUGAUCAUUACUACUAUAAAUCAGCUGAAAAAUCAGUACCAUCUGUUUUGUGUAUACCAAAUAUUCUAAACUAGAAUGGCAAGAUAUACAUGUGUAAAAAAAUACCUGAACUGUCCUGCUGAACCAAAACUAGUUUCAACCAGAUAACUAAGAGAUACAUCCACAAUCCUUUAUGCUCAAUUUUUAUUAAAAUAACAACUUAUACAACCAAUUAUAAAUUAAUAAGAACCCAGUAAGAAAUUGUUUUCUAACUUUAGUCUAUUACUUUUAGCCAAUUUCUCCCUUGUACUGACAAGAAAAUGCCAUUUAAUAAGCAAAAUAAUUUCUUAGCACAUUUAUUCUCUUUUGGAGUAGUUUUAUUUUUGACCCAAUUUGGUACAUUAAAGCACAUAUUAAAGGAUGAUUAAAAAAAAAAUAACACCCAGUAAUGAUUUAAAUGCAGUUAUAGAAAUAACAGAUAUGAAGAUUACUUCUGACCUUGAAAUAGUCUCCCAGUGAUUGGCAUUACAUAACUAUUAUUUCCAUUAUUAACUUUGCUGUUGACUCCCUUGGGCCUUAAAUCAUUUGUUGUGAAUCAAUUACCUUCUUUCAAAAUAAAAUAAUAACUUUAUUCUA